AUGAGAUUCUAUGUUUUGUUAAUUAUUUGUUGUUUUACAGUGUCAAAUUCGACAGAUUUGAAUGCAAAUGGAAAGUCCACGCCAGACUCGUAUUUUAUUAAUCUUCUCAACGGGUCGCAGUUGAAUUAUAACUCCUCAGACCCUCAUAACUUGAAAUUGGAUCUCGCAGCAGAAACACAUAGAUAUGUGCACAGAGAAAGCAAUGACCACGGAGAAACGGUCACGAACACAUACACAGUAGAUAGCGGGUACAUGAUAAGAGAAGUUACGGACGGAAGCAGCAAGGUGUGGAGGUGCACGGAUAGUUUCGGAAGCGCCAAAGCGGUGACGCAGAUAGUUAAAAAGGGCCUGACGCAGCUGGUGACGCUGAGGAAUGACGACACGGAGUUGUACUUCAAGAGGCAGAAAACGAGUUUCGUGCAAGUGCCCAGGAGUAGCGACUUCGAGGAGUUGAAAAGGGUGCUUGAAGCACCGGGAAGAUACGUGGAAACGUGGGUGGAGUUGGACCUGAGCAGGCCAGUGCCGAACCCCUUGUACUUCUCAAACGAGCUGAUAUACCACGACGGAGUGCCGAAGUUCGAAGUUAAGACGCUGGACCCGUUUCAGGUGUACAGAGUCUACGACAGCGGAAGGGAAGUGAACUCGCUGAGCAACAACCUGGAGUGCAAGCACCUGUUCUUUUACGUUUUCGAGCAAAUGACGCUGUUGGAAGUGGUGCACUACAGCCCAGGGGCUACUCCAGUCCCCGAGGAAGUAAAGUAUUUCAAAAAGGAGAGUACCUGGGACUCGAUCACGAAGGAAGUGUUCGAUGCAAAGUAUCAGGAGCUGAAGGCGAAGAUAGUGAACGUCGACUUUGAGUUCGACCUCGUGAACACCAGGAGUGACAAGUUAUACAAGAGAGUCAACAAGAUAGGGGAGUACACCUACCUGAGUCUGUACCCGAAGACGGGACACCACUUGAAAAAGUUGCUAUACGAUAACAAGCAAGUGUCAGCCCUGGGGGAGGAAGAGAGGUUCUCGCCACUAGUCCUCCACCUGGCGGACAAGAAGACGGUGAUGAUCGGAGCCCAGGUGUGGAAAGGUGACAAGGUGCUCAAGUGGCUCUACUUCGUCAAGUCUGAUCUGGGAUUCCUUUCAAUAGAUACGAAGACCUACGAAAGUAAGCUUAGUGAGAUGAGCACGAACCAGUCGCUGUUCGACGAGACCUUGGAAUACGUCGACUCGGGCAGUGAGGAGGACACCGAUUCCAGCGACGAUGAAGACAGUGACAGUGACAGCGACAACGAGGAAGACAAAAGGAAGAAGGUGCAAAGAAGAAAGAGAAAAAGGGUUCCAGAAAGGAGGGCGCCCGUACACCGUGAAGAUCAGCAGGAACGUGAAUUAUACAGGAGAUAUGUUGCACAAGAGAGGGUCGUUGGAGCUGAAGAAGUGGCAAAAGCCGCAAAGGAAGUUGAAGUUGAGACGCCGGUAAAGGUUGAAGAAGUGGCAGUGGUGGAGGAAGAGCCAGAAGAGGAGGAGGAGGAAGUGGUGGACGUCGAAGAGCUGGUGGAGGACGAGGACGAAGAAGCCGAGGAAGCGCUCGCGCCCGGCGAUAAGAGGUACGACAGUCGCUACGACAGCCUUCUCUACUCCCUGCUGAGCGUCAAGUUCAGGGUCCGCUACGACGUGGACGAGAAGUACUUCAGCCAGGUCAAGAGCACCGACGGCGAGUUCGAGGUCCACACGGUCACUCCCAGGGACAACUACUUCGUGAACCUGGUCGACUCGAAGCACGGGGUCGUCUGGAAGGCGAAGCAGCACAGCUACCAGGCCACGUCGCUGGUGGUGUACUUCAAGUCCGAGUCUCCCAGGGUCCUCAAGGUGCACAUGGUCGGCCCCAACGUCGACAGGGACAAGUACUUCAUGCUUUCCCGGGGGAGGUGGGUGCCCAUUGGCCUCACGGGCUUCCACAAACUCCUCAACAAACACGAGCAGUCUCUGAACCUGUUUAGCUAA